AUGAGCUCGUUGGUCUACAACUCGCGGGGAAGACGCGCACCAGCGCCGGCUGCUCUCGACUUGGGCCACCGUGAGCACAUAUACUCUGCGGAACCAGAGUCGUUAGCGUACACCUCGGACCGACGCCUUGACCUGACGAUGCCUGUGCCUCGUCCUUUGCCAACCGCUCCGGCCGGGAGGCGUGUCUCGAUGCAGCAAACUCUUCCGAAUCAACCCUCGUCUCCACCACGCAUGGAGCCAGUGCCAUUCCCAACCCACCACUCGCCCGCCGCAUCCCGCACGUUCCCACUCCAGACUGUCCCUCUGUCAGCCGUUGGAGGCCUAGGCCUAGGGCCUCUGGAUGACCAGCGUUCAUCGGUAGUGGUCGACCCACGUGCAUCCGUUGCCACCAACGGCGGCGAUCGUGUUUCUUACGUUUCAAUAGACUCGUACUAUUUGAACGCGGGCACUGGUGUCCUCUCACCUGGUGGACUCUCUCCUGGCGGCCUGUCUCCAGGCGACUUGCAACCUCCAUACCCCCCCAGCACUCCCGAGUACAUGGACCCAUCAAACAUUGACCGCCGCGGCCUCAUCGGUGUUGGCGAGCUCGCCACUCCUCGCUGGGGCCCCUCCGAUGGGCGACACCUUCGAACUCCGAGCAUGUCCCAAGACUUGGCUUUGACGCCGCCUCUGCCACCUCUUGACCGCUCAACGUUUAUUGGUUCUGGUCCUGGACGCCAAGCGACAAUUCCUGUCAACUUGAGCGUCAUGGAACGUGUUACAGAGGAAAGCCCUCGCAGGGAGCGUGUCCGACACCGCUCCGUGUCCCACGACACACCAAAACGCAACCCGCGUGCCGAACAACAGCAGCAAGAGCAACCCAUCUACCACAGUCCUCCUUCCGCUCCUCCCAUCGAUUCUGUGAUUUCUUCCCUCGGCGACUUUUCGUUUGACUCGACGAUAGAACCAGGGACCUUGGCCGACUCUCUCGCGAUGCCCGAGCCGAGAAUCACGCCGCCCCGCAACCUGCGUGCCUCGGCACCCCCCGCUCCCCAGCACUCGUCAUUACAGUCUUUUGGAGGUCUACAGUCGCAGAUCCCUACUGCACUGCCGCCUGUGCCCCCACCUAACAUCCCCGAGAGCGCUACUAUCACUCCGCCCGUCCCAGGCAGUGCUCGCGAGCGCAUCUAUGCUCGCCGCAUGUCCCGCCAGCACGCGUUAGCUGCGGCUGGUGGACCAGCUCCGCAGAUGGUUGAAAUUCCACCUCUGCCCGUGUUGAGCUCGGCAAUGUCACCCCCGACCUCUGCCGACUCUCAUACCCAAUCGUUCAGCUCACGCAAGACGCCACCCGGAAACCGAGAACCUGUUGCGUCGAAGCGGCGUGUGCCUAGCAGUCCCAGUGCGCCCCACCAUGAUAUCCUUCGGCACAUUGCGCCAAAGGACUUUUCGCACCUUCCCCCAAGUCCAUCGACAGCGUCCAUCAGCCAUCUUCUUCGGGGAUCUGCAUCUGGCCACAACCUCUCCCAGGUCCACACACCUCCUGGAUCCAUCUCGGUUCCAGGCAAGCCACCAAUCACGCGCUCCGACUCGAUAAAGUCCUCUCGCUCUCGUGCACAAUCGAUGAAGGCUGGUGAGGCGUCUGCCACCGCCGAGGCGCUGCGCAAGCUUGACGGGUUGGGCGCAACCCCCAGGAAAACAGGUGCUGCUGGGACGAUCACUCCUAGGCGUGCAAGCUCCCCGCCCGACACCACUCGGCGCCUGACUAGUAAGCAGAGCGCAUCGAGCAUACACAACUGGCGGGACAAGGACCUUUGGAUGGACAAUACUCCCGAACAGCUCGCAGCUCAACAGGCGCGAUCGGGAGUUCAGCAGAGAGUGUCUGGGGCUCCGUCGCUGGGCGGCUUUAGCGAUGUACCACCCCUCACCUUCGAGAAGCGCGAGUCCUCUCCAAGCGUUGUCGGUACGCCGACUUCACGCGAAUCGCACGGCCUGCCGUCUACCACCACCAGACCUCUGUCUGGUCAUCGAGACCAGCGCGAGUCGCGCGACAUCCGGGCCGAGAAGUCGAUGAGACGGCCCAGUUUUGCCAGCGACCUCUCGUUGAUGGAGAGCACUCAUGAGCAGAUCGGCGGACACACCUUUGUGCCACCGGUUCCUCCACUCCCGCGCGGCUACCAGUCUAUGCGCCAGGGCUUGUCCACCAUUGGAUCCAGCAAUCCGCUCCUACCCUCCCAAUACGUUGCUCUCCAGCCAGAAGAGAUGCAACGGACGACGCGGGAGACGAGUGCGCCACCUGCGCUCACCUUUCCUUCGCCCAACAGUCACCACUCGUCCGAUGCGGCAUCGCACCAGACGAUUCCCUUGGCCGACACGCCGCGAACGCGUACAAUGAGUAAGAAGUGGUCGUUCUCUUCGGCUCUCAGCUUAAAUAAGUUGCACGGCCAUGGUAGGGAGAAGGAGCCAUCCACGUCGCCCACUUUAUCGCCGUCUCUGGCAACCGCUAACUCGUCCAUGUUCGAGCCCAGUAGCCCACCGACUCCCUGGAAGGAUGACAAGAUCGGCCUCGCCUCGCCUCGUGCACAGCCUCUUGACCAUGUUCGUUCGCGCGAUUCCAUCGACGUCGCAAGCUCGAUUGCGUCGGAUGCCCGGUCCAACCACAGCAUCACUCCGAUUGCAACGAAUGGCACCAGUGGUCUCGUGCCGCCUCUGCCCAAGAGCAAUUCGAAGAGACUCACGCCGUCCUCGAUACCAUUCUUCAGGCGCUCGUCUGCCUCGUCCGCGUCGCUGGCCAAGCUUGCAUCAGCCCCUGACCAGCACCAGCACUACCCGCAGCAGGCAUCCGCGGCGGUACCGCGACACUCUGGUCAGACGGUUCCCGCCCCAAGUGGAACGUCGUCUCAGCGAACUCCGUCUGGCAGCUCGCGGAAGUCGAUGUUGGGCAUGCAUAUCCCAGCCAUGCUGCGUGGCAGCGCGUCCAAGCGCGGUCUGGCCAGCCAGCAGGUUGCUGCCCCGCAAGUUGAGAAGCAGGCUGCGCCAACCGCAACUCAGACGAGUACAAUCGGCCAUGCGCGUGCUCGUCGGAUGACUCUGUCGUCUGGUGGCGACAACACGAGCUUCGCUUCGCUCACACGCAAGCCGUCUGUCGACUCGCGUGUGUACCAGCCGACUUCACACGAAAGCACAACUGUUAACGGGAACGGCAAUGCCACGCCGACAGCCACGUCUCACCGCGACCGCGCCUCCAAGCUGCCUGUGGCUGGUCAGCAGUCGCUGCACAGCGUGUCGUCUGCAUCGUCUUUGCGCAAGGUUGGCGCGGAGGCCCCUGGGCGCGUUCCUCCUGCGGCGACUCCUACCAAGAUUCCACGUAUAGCAUCGAGGCCAUCUGUGACCACGCCCAACUCUAACACGAAUGUUGCGGCAGCACACAUGAGCAUGCCUCCACCCGUGGUCCCACACUCGUCGUUUAGCCACCGCACGUCGACUCAAUUCAACACUGGUGGCAGCAACACAAUCCCAGGAUCCACAAGCGUCAAUGACAUUUCCGAGUUUGGUGCCGUGUCUGGCUCGGUCGGUACACGUCAGUCCCUCCAACGCCCCCCGUCGUUUGGGUCACACCGUUCGCACCUGCAUGCCCCUGGAUCUAGUCGCAAACACAGCGUAUCUGGCAUUCCAGCUCCUCCAUCUUCCUCAAACAUCGCUGCCCAGGCGUCACGCCGCGAAACAAUGGGUGCUGCGCCGGCACCCUCUGCGGUCGCUGGCUUGCCUGCUUCUCGUCGCACGCUUCCGCAGAUCCCAUCGUCCGCCACUGCGAUGACCAUUUCUGCUGCGGCAAAGGCUCGUCCUGCCGUUUCACGUCGUGGUUCUGGCAGCCCGACUGUUACCGAGGAGCCGGCUCCGAACAUGAAGCUAUCCAAGUCGUUCCACAGCAAGGCUGCCACGAGCGGGCACUCGCGCAUGUCUUUGUCAUCGUCGGUUGGCGCUGUCUCAGGUUCACGCCGCCAGUCCCUCGCCACCGAAUCCACAGGUAGCAGCCCAGUCGACGACGAGGAGGCGAUUGCGGACGCAGAGAUGGGCGCCUAUGUCACUCGCCGCAAGGCACGUGCGGCGGCGGGCUCGAAGAAGGACGACUUGAGCGACCUGAUCGGCUUCCCCGAGGACAUCGGCCCCGCGCAACCAGUCAGUCAGCGGGCGUUCAUCGGUAGCAACCUGAACUCGCUGUCUGACUACGAGCGCAAGGAGGUCCUCGACUUUGACUUCAUCUACUAUAUGGCCCGCGGCGUCAAGCGUCCCAAGCAGCCAGAUGGCAAGGUUUACAACCACGGCUACGACGAUGAGCGGGGUGACUACGUUGUUGUCGAGGGUGACCACCUCUCCUACCGAUACGAAGUUGUCGGUAUUCUGGGCAAGGGAUCUUUCGGCCAGGUCGUCCACUGCCGCGAUCACAAGACUGGGGGCUCGGUGGCAGUGAAGAUCAUCCGCAACAAGAAACGUUUCCACGCUCAGGCCUUAGUCGAGGUCAAGAUCCUGCAGCAGAUCGUUGACUGGGACCCGGAAGACAAGCACUACAUGGUAAAGAUGACCGACCACUUCUACUUCCGCGGGCACCUGUGCAUCGUCACCGAGCUGCUGAGCAUCAACCUCUACGAACUUAUUAAGGCGAACCAGUUCAACGGCUUCUCGACGGUGGUCAUUCGUCGCUUCACGACACAGAUGCUGUCGUCGCUCAUGUUGAUGAGGUCUCACCGAAUUGUCCACUGUGACCUCAAGCCCGAGAACAUCCUCCUGCGCCACCCUGCCAAGUCAGGCAUCAAGGUCAUCGACUUUGGCUCGUCUUGUCACGAAUCGGAGAAGGUGUACACAUACAUCCAGUCACGUUUCUACCGCAGCCCCGAGGUUAUCCUGGGCAUGAACUACGCCAUGGCCAUCGACAUGUGGUCGCUCGGCUGCAUCCUCGCGGAACUCUACACGGGCUACCCCAUCUUCCCUGGAGAAAACGAACACGAGCAGCUCGCCUGCAUCAUGGAGGUCCUGGGCGUUCCCGACCACUACAUCGUGCAAAAGGCGUCGCGUCGCAAGCUCUUCUUUGAUGCCACGGGAGCUCCCCGUCCGUUUGUUAAUGCCAAGGGUAAGAGGCGGCGACCGGGGACCAAGACGCUCUCGUCGGUGCUCAAGUGCAAUGACGACCUGUUCAUCGACUUCAUCUCCAAGUGUUUGACAUGGGACCCGGACAAGCGUCUCAAGCCCCAGCCUGCGAUGCGGCACCCGUGGAUCCUUGCGGGCAGGCGCCGUUCGCCCCCACCUCAGCCAGAGCGUGAGAGCCGGGCGUCGUUUCUUGGCUCGAGUGCGCGUCGCUCAACCGUCAAUGGUGACAAGAAGAGCCUGGUCAUCUCACCCCCCACCCCACUCGUUGCCCGAGCUCCCCAGGCGCCGCAGUCGGCGUCGCGCAUUGGUGUAAGCGUGUCGACUGCGCGUCUGCACGCGCGCAACAGCACCUACGUCCCUAAUGCCCAAAAAGUCAGCAUGGCUUGA